CAUUAUGCAAAUGAGCAAGGCAUGGCGUCCAAAGUGUGAAACCUCCCUUGUUUGUAAAGUUCACCUCAAAUCCAAUCUUUCUCCGCUGUCUCUCUUGCAAUUAUGGAUAAUCCGAACCUCGAAGCGCAAAAUGUCAUCAGCAAAUGCCUCAAGUAUUUCUUAUUCGUAUUCAAUCUAUUAUUCUGGGCAAUUGGAGGUGUCAUGUUUGGUGUUGGCAUGUGGUCAGUGACUCAGAAAGGCUCCUACAGCAAGUUGUCCAGUCUUUCAACUGACCCAGGCUCCGUCCUAAUAGCUGUUGGUCUCCUUAUCAUUAUAAUCUCUUUCUUUGGUACUGUUGGUGCACUGCGAGAACAAAUUAUCCUCCUUGAGAUUUACAAAUGGGUGAUAGUGGUGAUUGUCAUUCUACAAGUUCUGGGUGGUUUGUUAGCAUUUGCUUUCUGGCCAAAUGUGCGAAAGUCUGUGCAAAACCAAAUAAGCAAAGGGAUUGUCAACUACAGGGACAACCUUGAUCUGCAAAACAUCAUAGACGGUAUUCAGGAAAAUUUUAAGUGCUGUGGGAGCUCAAGCAUCAAUGACUGGGAUGCUAAUAGAUAUUUCAAGUGCGGAGGACCGUCCCCUGAGGAGUGUGGGGUGCCUCAUACGUGCUGCGUCAAGAAGGAUGGAGAGAGUAUCAACAUUCAAUGUGGCUGGAACGCAAGGAAGAAACAUCGCCUGCAGCUUGAAAAAGAAAAUAAAGUCUACAUUAUUGGUUGUCUGGAUGCCGUUAUCAACUGGUUCAGGGAUCACAUGUAUGUGGUUGCUGCCAUCGCCAUUGCCUUUGCUUUGCCCGAGUUUGCUGGGAUUAUCCUGACCCACAUCUUUGUACAGCAAAUCAAGGAACAGAUUGAUGAGUGCAACAAGCCACCAAUGUACAAGUACAGACCAGAAACACAGCCGCUUUCUGAGUCAGCCAACUACUGACACUGACCACUUUGCUCUUUACACUACUUACCCAACAAGGUUAUAGAUCCCCCUCCCCAAUAAGUCCUUUUCCUCCAAUGUCCCAACAAGGGUAAUAGACUCCCCAAUAACUCCCUUUAAUCCUUUUGUCCCAACAAGGGUGAUAGAUCCCCCCCCCCCCCCCAUAGCUCCCUUUACCUUCACUGUCCCAACAGGGGUAAUAGACCCCAUAGCUCCCUUUAACCCUACUGUGUCAAUAAGGACAGAAUACACCACUCCAUAGCACCCUUUAUCCCACUCCAAAUGUCAAGUACCAAUGGAAGACAAAGUUUCCCCAAGAGUGUUAACAACUGACAUAAGGCUCCCCAAUUAGGGUAGGAGGCAACAGUCCAUUACUCCUUUCACCCCAUCCCCAAUUUCAUGUAACACUUUGCUUCCAUCCUUCACCCUUUUGUUAUUCUUUUGCUUUCUCCUCCUCAAAGCCACUACCCUUGCAGACUUUCUUAGCAAGAGUUUAGUCCAAAUACUGUCAGUAGUAAACAGUAGUAAAUAACAUAGUUUUGUUGUAGAAGAGAAGAAAAUAAGACCACAUUGAACAAGUGACCUUAUUCCUUCGGAGUAUAGAGCACUUUGUUUAAACCUCAUUUAUUUUUGGCUUUGGAAAAAGUGUUAGAUAGAAGCUAAAGUAAGGGCUUCUGAAUAAGGACACAGAAGCAGAAUAUAGUGUUUUUUGUUCUAAUAAGGUGUUAAUUUUAUUACUGGGUCCACUUGUUGCCCCGUAGUAUUUAAAACUUAUGUGGUUGUUUAAGUACAGUGGAACCCUUUGUCAGCCCAUUCCCAGGCAUCUUACUGGGUUACCUGUGCUAGGAGAUGAACAGUAAGGCAAUGAAGGGCCUGGGACGGGCUUACCUAUAGAACAGUUCGACAUAUAACCAGAGUAAGAAUGCCUGGGACUAGGCUGUUGUGAAGGAUACCUCGUCAAAGACAUUCCACACCUGUUCAGUUAUCUUACUAUAGAAGGCUACUCCAUAAGUAAAGGGAGUUUUGGUGGCUAUAAUGGUGUUCAUCCUUGUAGAGUUCUGCUUUGUAUUAUAUAAGACUAAAGGUACAACAUUUUGUGCUGCAUGCUAGUUAGUAGAAGAGAGCUGGGAUAAGCUUUCAGUAAUGUUCUCAUUAGGCCGGUCAUUUAUGCAGAUGUGCUCUUCCCAGCUCUCUUAAACCAUAAGACUGGGAAGCCUCAGUCAGCCACUAGUAUGUCAUCCUAUCAAAAUACCAAGUUCAUCUGGUGAUUAAGAAAUGCUAUUUUCAUAUUUUGGACUUAAUCUACUAAACGAAGUAUACAAUCUAAUUUUAGUUAGUUAUUUCCUCACAUUAUUUGUCCUUUAACAUGGACAAAAAUAAUAACAAGUGUAGCUGACUAGGCUCUUUAAGUAGUAGCCUUGUUGCAUUUUUAGUCUUAUUAAUGGCUUAGCUGCAAAACUACUUCUAGUUCUUGGAAUUCCUAGUUUUCUGGGAAAAACGAUAAACGUUGUUCUCCCUAACCGACCAUUGGCAAAGGUCUUAAAGCUUGUAUAAUAUUUUACUGCAUAAUCGAACAAGAUUGUCAAAGUCAUAGACCUAUGCCAUAUAAAAAUAUGUUUAACUUAAUAAUUGCACUAUAACUAAUUAUUUUCUUGUGUAACAAUGUAGUUAUUUUCUUUGUAUAAAGGUAAAUAAAAGUUUUUUAGGUAA